AUUGCAACUCUUCUAAAGAACAGUCAACAUCAGCAAAUCAUCAUGAAAUAUCACUGCACGAUGCUCUUGGUGCUCCUCGCUUUCUUGGCCAUCGCAUGUGAUGUAAAUGAAGCAGCUGCAUUUCCAAUUCCAUGGGGAUGCUCAAACUACAGCGGGGUCUGCCGUGCUGUCUGUCUGUCAGCAGAACUACCAUUUGGACCUUUUGGAUGUGCUAAAGGAUUUGUAUGCUGUGUCGCCCACGUCUUCUAAAUCUCUUCAGUGUUUGUCCUGCGCCUAAACUUCCAGCUAAAUCAAUGCAACAGUUACUUUUCUAUGCACUUUGGCAUUUAUCCUCUUGCAAUUGAAGAUAAUGAUUAUAAGACCUGCAUUCACAGAUACUCCCUUGGUCUGCAUUGAUGUUCCUCCAACUUUUCUUCAAUACCAACUACUCUGACAUGAUUAUCACACACAUGUUAAGAAAUUAAAUGGUUUGAUAUUUUAAAACACUACUUCAGAAUAAAAUGAGAAUGGAAAAUA